AUGGAAAUGCUGGCAACGCGAAUCGAAUCGGCUCUCGUGAUCGAGGACGCGCUUAUAUGUGCACGUAUUGGAAAGUGCGAGGAGGACACGUGUCGUUCUGUUCUCCUGCACUACGAGCACUGUAAGCGGGACGAGAUGUGUGGAGAUCCAAAGUGCUCCGAGAUAUUGAUAGUGUACAGGCAUCGUCGCGCGUGCUUGAAGAAGGACACGGCUCCUAGCAUCGAUGGCAAAAAGUUUGUGUGUCCGUUUUGCAUUCGAAUUCGGCAACGGCGAAGUCUUGGCGUCGUAGCCGCUCUAGAUCACUUGAUCAGUGACCAGCGUCGCGCACUUCGAAGCGCACAAAGUGAAGCGAAUCGCAAUUUCUGCUUGCAAAGCAUUAACACGUGGACCCAACGUAAGCAGCUUCUUCGAGCGGAAACGGACCGGCUUAAUGAGCUAGCCAGCGAAAGCAGUGCUCCCGUGUUUAAUUUCUCAAGGUAUCAGUGGCACUUCAGUGAUGCCGUCGUUAUCAAACGAGAACCAGAGGCUGCUGAAAUAAGCGAAGAUGCCACGGCUGGCGCAUCCGCAGCCGAAUCAUCAACAAAUGACAGCAAUGAUGAAUCUCAGGACACGCUGGGUGAUAGCAUUCCAGGCAACGCAAACUUCAACGCGGAUUUUAUCAAUCAAUUACUACUGGCUAAAGCUGAAAAUGGAGAUGGCAAGGAGGUGGCGCAGCGGGAAUUCGACGGUGUAAUGGAGCUGGGCUAUGCGAUUGUGGAUGCAUCUUUUUGUGCACCAUCGAAAGCUCAGCGGUGUCUGCUGAACUGCAAGUCGAUCCUGGUACACUUGCAACACCACUUGGAUCUACAAGUGUGCACUCAACCAAUGUGCACAGCAGUGGAGCAUCAUUUCGCGCAUUUAUCCCAAUGCAAAGCCCGCGACAAGAGUGACUCCUGUGAGUACUGCUUACGAGUGGAAGAGCGUCAACUUAUUCGGUCGGUCGAUUUCAUGGAGGCAGAAGUACCGGAAGCUGAGGCGAAAGUGCAGAAGAUCAUUAACGAUAUCACGGCUUCGUUCACAAACCACCCUGAUGAGAGGGAGCAGGAGAUGAUUCAGCUGGAGGACGAGCUAGAGCAGGUAGAAGAAAACAAACGAGAACUAGUGGACAAACUGAACGCCGCGCGGCAUGAUCUUCGAAAGGUGCGCAAAAAUUUCGAGCAUCGAGGGAUGUCUACCUCUGGCAGUCGUCGGCUACAGGUGCAUUUCAUCAAGGUCCGGCGCAACGAAGGAUCAACUAGCAGCUCGAAGAAGCGACGCCUUCUCGGCUCGCUCGACUAG